AUGUUAAAACUUGGUUUAAAAGCUACCAAAACAGAUCAGUGUGUAUUUACAAAUGAAGAUAAUACAAUAAUAAUAGCAAUCUAUGUAGAUGAUGGACUUGCUUUGGCUAAAGAAAAGCAAACAUUAAAAAACAUUUUAAACUGCUUAGAAAAGGAAUUUGAAAUAAAAGUAUACAAUGAUCCUACUACUUUUAUUGGAUUUGAAGUCAAAAAGACUGAGAAAGGUAUAACACUGAAACAAGAAAGCUACAUUGGAAACUUAUUAAAGAAAUUCAGUAUGGAAGAUUCUCAACCUGUUAAUACACCCUGCAAUACAGAAAAUAAAACAGAAACGCAAAACACAGAUUCUAUAAAUUUUCCAUAUAGAGAACUGAUUGGAGGACUUCUAUAUGUAUCUACAAGAACAAGACCAGACAUAAGUCAAGCUGUAAAUGAAGCAAGCAGAAAAAUAGAAAACCCUACGAAAGAUGAUGUGAUAGCUGCAAAGAAAAUACUAAAAUAUUUAAAUGGAACAAGACAGAAAGGAAUCAUGUACAAGAAAGGAGGAGAUAUGUCAAAACUAAAUGCAUACUGUGAUGCAGACUAUGCCAAUUGUAACAAGACAAGACGCAGUACAACCGGAUUUAUGAUAAUGUUAGCAGAAGGACCUGCAGACAUAUUUACAAAACCAUUGUUAAAUAAUAAAUUUAAUUUUCACGCUCAAAAUAUUGUCAACUAA